CACUACAGUCUACACUCAUCUCAGGAAGAGGGCCAUCACUACAGUCUACACUCAUCUCAGGAAGAGGGCCAUCAUUACAGUCUACACUCAUCUCCAGCUAUGCAGUGCAUGAACUGACAGCAUUGGAACUACCCUAUAGCAGCACUGUAGUAACUAAAGAUGGCUGAAAGUGGUGAACUUCAUGAAGAGAAAAACUAUGGAAAAGUGUGCAUAUUCUGUUCCCGCUUGUGUGGAAUAUUUGCGGCUAUGUUGUACCUCCUUUGUGGAUUUGGAGCUCUCAUACCCGGACCCUCCAUUGCCCCAGGGACUAGCUACACUCGUUGCUUGGCAGUCGGCCUAAUCAUGAUUGUAGCCGCUGUAGUGGUGUUUUUCCUUGAAGCCACGUUCCUAGGUAACAUAGUACCGAGACUGGAAUUUCUGCUGGCUAUCAACAAAUAUCUGAAACACUGGAUGAGAUCGGCACUCUACAUAUUGUUUGCGCUCAUUCCUCUGAUGCUGUGGUGCAUGUCCAUCUCUACUAUCAUUGGAUUGGGCGUUAUGUUUGCUGCAGGGAUGAUCAACUUCAUGCUUGUCAUAGGAACAAAGGGAGAUCACUCGGAAGUUUUGGCAGAGAGAAACAGAAGAGUGAAAUUUUCAGAAGUUAGUACUAAAGUAGAAGAGGGGGAGGCCUCGUCGUCAUAGCUAAUUGUAUAUAUUAAUUUAUUCAUUAUUGUCUUUAAUCCACGCGGCCAUUCUGUAUACCAUUUGCAAACUACAACUUUAUCAAUAGUACAGUUAAUUGUCACUGUCAAGAA